AUGCUUUUGAACAUUCUCGGCCUUGUAGAUUGUUACAAUCUUGAGGUCACCCGUUACGCUAAUACCCAUACCUCGACAUCCGCCCCUUCAACUGCAACAAGUGAUUCUCACACUGAGUAUCUUCCUCUUAAUGUGGAUGGUGAAAGUCUCAUCCAAGUGAAAGCAACAGAGUCUCGCCCACUACUAACUCCACCUCGACCUCCGCAGCCUGACUCUUUCUCAGAGGAGGAGGCGACGGGAGGAGAGGGAGGCGAAAGUGUUGAAGGACGCAAAGUUGAUAGCGAGGACAUUGGCAAUCUUCGAGAUCUAUUCUCUAUUCCUGAGCCAUCCAGCCUAACCUUCCAGUGCUCCCCUUCGGCGUCGAUCUCUCCCUCGCCUCUUCCCUCCCUAGGUAUCGAAUCAGGUUCUGGCCUUUCCUCCAACGUCUCUUCAGAAAGUGGUCAUCAGUACCACCAGCAUCGUCAUGCAAGCGUCACAAAACCCCUAAGUCUCAGAGUACGCCAUCCAUCUAGUGCUAGGAGUGCCAUGGAACAAAUUCGGUACACUCUUACUGGGUUGGAAAUAGGAACUAAGUAUCGAGUUCGUGUACAGGCGCUGAACGCGGUUGGUGUGAGCCCCUUCUCAGGGAUUCUGCACUUUUCGACCCUCCCACCGCUUCCGAUGCCACUCACGUUGUGUUGUAUUGGAACUACCGCAAGUGGUAUCAAGCUUCGUUGGUCUUCAUCCGUCGAACCUUACGAAACCGAUGGGGCACACUCGAAGUCGAAGUUACCGGCCUCAGCCAAUGUCAGGUACAUCCUCGAAAUGAGCAAAAAACCAGAAUCCAGAGGAUGGGUAACUAUCUUCGAAGGGCCACAAACCUCUUUUAAGGCGCGCAAACUCUCGGAAGCCACACACUACUACUUUCGUGUGGCCGCAGUUAAUAUCAGCGGAAAAGGUGCCUUCUCCGAGGUUCUACAGGAAAAGACCGCCUACUCGCAACCACCACCUGUCGAAGCACCGCAAGCGGUUGAUGUCUCCAACACUCAAUGCAAACUUCAGUGGCCAGCGCUGACCAUCACGGGACAGGAUCCGCUGCUCUAUUUGGUUCAAUUGACCCGUGUUCCUGGUAUCUCUAUCACGACCACUAUCCCGAAAACAGUGUCGAGGUCUUUACAGUCGAUUGAGUCUGAAACGGCGGCUUCGGCAGGGGCGGUGGCAGAAGCGUGGGAAGGGGAAGAGGAGGCGGUAACAGUAUACCGAGGGGCAGAGACUUCUUGUACUAUUAGUAAUCUUAUCUCUGGUACCAACUACAUUGCGCGAGUCUGCGCCAUCCGCUGUUGCCAAACGGAACCUUCGGAACAAUCACCUUUUCCGACUUCUAGGAUCAAAGUUAACCAGGAACCUGAUGCCCUGCAG